AUGGGGUUCAAGGGUGAGAACCAGAAGGCAGUCGAUGCUCGAGCUCGAAAAGCCGACGCAGCGGCUUCGAAAAAAGCCGCAGAAAACAAGGCUAAAGAAGACGCUGCUUGGGUCGAUAAUGAUAAACAUGUGAAUAAAAAAAUUAACAGAGCUGAAGAUGCAGUGGCAAAGAGAGAAGCAGAACUUGCGAGAAAGAAGGAAAACCAGCAGCUUUAUGAACAAGAGAUGGCUGCGGCAGUUUCAAAGCCAAAGGGAAAGAAAAACCAAGGAGCGUCGACAAAAGUGAGCAGGGCACAAAUAAUCGCCGCCCAGAGAGCUGCUCUAGAAGCUCAAACGAAUAAACACAAAAAAGCUUCUUCAAAGAUUGUUGUUCAAAGCGAUGAAUUAGUGGACAACAUCAACCGCCUCGAAAUCGAGGGAGACGCUAGAAAUGUCGAAGAAGCUAUUGAUGUUCUUACUGGCGACGGUAAGAAGGUCGAUAAGCAUCCAGAGAAGCGAAUGAAAGCUGCUUUUAACGAUUUCGAGCAAAAACGAUAUAGAGGCUUGAAAGAAGAGAACCCAACUUUAAAAAGAUCUCAGCUGAAGGAACUUUUAUGGAAAGAAUGGCAAAAAUCACCUGAAAAUCCGAUGAAUCAACUUUAA